AUGAGUCGCUAUUAUCUAUUAUUGAUUUACUUCAUUAUUACAAUAACACAAAAAAUUGUUCAAAGUGAUCCAGAUAUUCGAGAAUCAUCAUUUUAUUUAUCUCAGAUAGGUUUAGAAUUUUUACCUUCUAAUGAACAAGCUCUUUUUCUCGUUAAUAAUACUGCUAGUUCUACUAUCACAUGUGCUCAAAAAUGUGUGACAACUAAAUAUUGUCGUACAUUUAAUUAUGAUAUUCAAACAAAAUAUUGUCGUCUUUAUCAAGGUGAUGUAGAUACGACAGGAUUAAUUAUUUCAUCAUCAUCAUCAUCUCAAUCAUUAUAUGGAUCAGUUCAAUUAAAUAUAAAAGAUUUUCUUAAUUAUGGUUAUGCAUGUUCAAUGUGUGAUAAUAAUCGAUAUAUGAAAUGUAUUAAUAAUAGUUGUCAAUGUGAAAUGAAUACAUAUUAUGAUGGAUCAAUAUGCCGAAGUCAAAAAUUAGACGGAGCUUCAUGUCAAAAUAAUAUUGAAUGUCGUAAUGAUCUUAAUCUAAAAUGUUUAAUGAAUAUCAAAUGUGGAUAUAAUUAUAUGUUGAAUUAUACAACUAGUACUACAGCUAGCAGUUCUUCUAGUAGCACAUCAUCAACAACAACCACUACUACAACCAGAAUGUCAUGUAAUUCUUCGUGUACAAAUCAAACAUGGAGUUCAACAACUAAUUGUUUAGCUCAAUGGUUAUUUGAUGGAAAUUAUCGUGAUCAAAUGAAUAAUUAUAAUGCUACACCAAACAACGCUAUGUCAUUUACUACCAGUGGUUAUAUAAGACAAGCUCUUGUAUUUGCUAAUAACUCAAAUCCAAUGCUUAAUGUACCAUACAUUCCACUUUUAUCAACUAGCUUUACUAUUGAUAUGUGGCUUUAUGUUACUGGAUUUUCAAAUAUGGGUGAUCACGGUUUAUUUGGUCUUUGUUCAGCAUCUAAUAAUGAUCAAUGUUUGCAUUUUACAAUUAGGCGAAAUAAUAUCAGCUAUUAUGUUCUGAAACUCGGUUUUUAUGGUGAUGACUGUUUAGGCGUUAUACCAGUAACAUUAAAUACAUGGAUACAUGCCGCAUUUGUGUAUGAUCGGUCAACGUCAAUACAGAUGAUUUACUUCAAUGGAGUACUAGAUAAUACACGCACGCCAUCUUCCACUCUUACAGGGACCGCAACUGGUAUUACAAUAGGAUAUAUACCAGUAGCGGCAAGCCGGAGUUCAGACUUGAAUUAUUUUCAGGGUUAUAUGGAUCAAAUGACGGUGUCAAAUCGAGUUAAAUCAUCAUGUGAAAUACUUGAAAUAGCAACAUUAGUUGCUUAUUUUACUUUUGAUAAUGGAUUAUUUCUUAAUGAUUCGGGUCCGAAUUCAUUAAAUACAGCAAUAACACAAUCAACAUCGUCGAUUUCAACUGGUCGAUACUCAGAAGCUAUUUCAUUUGAUGGUUCAUAUUCCUCCUACUUUCAAGCAUAUGGUUUUACAGCACUUGGAAAAUCAAAUAAACCGUUUUCGAUUUCUCUCUGGAUUCGACCAAUUUCUCUCCAAGGUGUUCUUGUUCAUGUAUCAUCGAAUAUAACAGGAGGUGGAUGGUGUCUGUCAUUUCUUGCAUUUACUUCUAAUAAUUCUAUAACUGCCCAAAUUUAUAAUGGUAGUAGUGUUACAUUUAUUGUUGAUCCAACAAAAUCUGUUUCCAUAUCAGUUUGGUCGCAUAUUGUUCAGACAUGGAGCUCAAGCAAUGGUAUUCGUCUCUAUAUAAAUAAUAUUCUUGUUGCAUCAAGUCUUAGUUCAGCAAUAACUUACGUGGCAAGCGAAAGUAUUAAUUAUAUAACGUUAGGUAAUAAUUUAAAUCCUCCAUCUUCAUGUUUAACGGGUCAAGAAAAUACAAUGCCUUAUAAAGGUGAUAUGGAUGAUUUUCGUAUUUAUAGUCGAGAAUUAUCGGCUAAUGACGUUUGUACAUUAUAUAGUCGUUGA